UUCUCUGCAGUGGAUAUGGCGUCACUGAAAAGUGUAGGAGUCGAGAAACUUCAUCCAUGUAAAUAACGUCAGUACGAAAGCUGUGUGGCAGGGUUUAAGUGGCGAUAUACAGAUUAAUGAUUAAGUAUUAACCUGCUGGUUUUCAAGCAUGCCCCGGAAGAAGCCAUUUAGCAACAAACAAAAGAAGAAACAGCUACAAGUUAAACGGGAGAGAAAGAGAGGUGACACGGGUUCUGGACCGAGCAGCCGGAAUGCCAGUAUCGAAAGAGGAGGGGAACGACAGUCCGAUACAUCAGACAGUGAGACCACUGAUGUUAGAAAAAUAAACCAGCAACCCUUUAGCAGAGAAGGCAGAUAUGACCCCAACCGGUUCCGACUGCACUUUGAGAAAGAGAGUAAAGAGGAUGUGGAAAAGAGGAAGAAGGUGGCCAGAGAAAAGGUGCUGCAGCCAGUCUCAGACAAAGAACUAGAGGUUGACAUCAAUGACAUCUAUCCCUCAGAGAAAGGUCUUGGUUUCCCACGACGGCCGCCCUGGAAUUAUGAGAUGACGCGGGAGAGCCUACUUAGGAAAGAGGAGAAAUCAUACCGAGACUACCUGGAUGACCUGCACUCCAGAAACCCCCUGGGCACCCUCAGCCACUUUGAGCACAAUCUUGAGACAUGGAGGCAGUUGUGGAGAGUGCUGGAGAUGUCUGAUGUCAUUCUGCUUAUUGUGGACAUCAGGCACCCGGUGCUGCAGUUCCCUCCAGUCCUCUACCAUUAUGUCACAGGAGAUCUACAAAAGCAGGUGAUCCUGGUGUUGAACAAAGCUGACCUAUGUCCUCCCCCACUCGUGAUUGCGUGGAAGCACUACUUGACCUCUCAGUUCCCCCACCUGCAAAUAGUCUGCUUCACCUCUCACCCUGGACAGCCAUACAGCACAGUGCUCCAGAAGAAGAGGAUGAGGAGGAAAGCUGACUGGAGUAAGGCUGGAGGUCCUAUAGAUAUCCUGAAGGCUUGUCAGGACAUCACAGCUGGAAGAGUUGACCUGACUAGCUGGGAACAGAAGAUCCAGAGAGAUGCAGUUGCAGAAAGGCUUGAUGGGGAUUUGGCAGAUGACGCAGCCGAUUCAGUGCUGGUGGAGCAUCAGAGUGAUAGUGCUAUGGAGAUGAGCAAUCCAUCAGAGGAACUAUACAAAGAUGGAGUUCUCACAUUGGGAUGUAUAGGCUUUCCAAAUGUUGGGAAAUCAUCCGUAAUAAACAGCUUGGUAGGGAGGAAGGUGGUAAGCGUGUCUCGAACCCCAGGCCACACCAAAUACUUCCAGACCUACUACCUCACCCCGACAGUCAAACUGUGUGACUGCCCUGGGCUGGUCUUUCCAUCCCGUGUCACGAAACAGUUACAGAUUCUGGCAGGGAUCUACCCAGUGUCUCAGCUGCAGGAGCCGUACAGCUCAGUGGGUUACUUGUGUGAAAGGACCCCCUUCCUCUCUGUGCUAAAGCUCAAACAUCCUAGUUUGCUGGAGAAUGAAUCCCAACAUGUAAAUCAAGGGUCUGAAGAGUUCAGCUGGACGGCCUGGGAUGUUUGUGAGGCAUGGGCAGAGAGGAGAGGAUAUAAAACGGCAAAAGCAGCUCGCAAUGAUGUUUACCGUGCGGCUAACAGCCUCCUGCGGCUAGCAAUUGAUGGCAGAUUGUGUCUGUGCCUCAGACCACCUGGCUACAGCUGCCUGAGAGAGCAUUGGGAAAACCACCCAGACUUGCCAGAGAUUAUGGCUCUACAAGGAAGGAUGACCGAGGAGGUGGCGGGAGACAGGGAGGAUGAGGACGAUGGAGAGUCGAGCACUGAGCCAGAGGAGGAGAGAGACCGUGAUGCAGAUGAUGACGAGGACGGAGAUGAUGAAGAUGAGGGUUUUGGACAUCCAAGGCGCAAGGACAACAAGCCAUCCAGCUUUACUGUCAACAUGUACGAUGUCCUUCGGGAAAACGAGUGUGAGUAACAGCUGAGGAGCAGACAAAUGGGAAGAAAUACGUAGUUUCGCUUUCCUAAAUGUUCUCCUCCUCCACCAUAAACCUGCAUUCCUUCCUUUGUCCGUAUUAACUCAUCAUGUCCUGCUCUCUAUAUUAACAUGAUCUACUGUAAUUUAUUCAUUUACCCUGUUUCCCUAUAAUAGACAUGUAUUUCAUGCUGUGCCUCUGAUCUGCUUAUUCUUCAGUGAUGCUUCUAGGAAUGGCUUGGUUUGGUUUAAUCUCUAAUUUUGCAUGUAGUUCCCUGAGACAAACAAACAAAGUAAGUUCCCUCAGCCUGGAAUAAUCCUCUGCUUUUCAAUCUUCUUUACUGAUAAGUGACCUCACAGUUGUCAUGCCAAAGUUUAGCAAAGCAUGGGAAAACAAAUAAGAUGCACUGCUGAUAUGAUGUCACUCACUGGAGCAGCCACUUGGCUCUCAGAGCAGCUGAAGAUUUAGGACCAUGACUUUAAAUCUUCUUUAUAGACCAUACUAUGUCUCAACUUUGGUUGAUGGGUGUGGGAGGGGAUGUGGGAGAUUCAAACCCAAAUUUCACACACUGUUGCUUUUACCCAUAUUACAACUCAGAAGUCAAUUUCUCUGAACUUGGUUUUGAUUUAAGCUAAAGUCCAUCUGAGUGUGGUGUAAUGUUUGGUGUGGUUCUACACAGUCCAUAUGGUUCCUAAGUCCUGUAUUGCUGGACCAGGUUGUAUUAACCUGUAGUGUUUUAACUACUACAAAUACGAUUCCUAGAAACUGAGUGCAGCAUAUGGCCACACUCCAUUAGCAGGUUUUUAUACUGAUGAAAGUAGAGUGAGUCUCAUUCGAUUCAAACUGGUAAAACAGCUGAUGGAAUAUUUUUGGGACACCAUUUUGGUUUCUUUAUACCACAGAUGUAGUUUAUUUUAAGCUACGGGCAGCAGUUUUUCUUAAGUCUCAUCAUUUAGGAUCUGGUUAAAAAAAAACAACACUCAGAACAUAACUUCUGUAAACGGAGCUGAGCCAGCUGUUUGCCGCUUUAUCCUGCUAUGCUAAGCUAUCUGGUUUCUAGCUAUGGCUCAGAAGUGAUGUCCAGUUUUUCAUUUAUUCAUGUAUUUCCAAGCAACAUUUACCAAAUUGUUGAGCUGUUUGUUUAACAGCUCUCCAUCUGUCCUUCAUUAUAAAUAGCAUUGUACACUCCAUCUUCAUUCUUAACAGCCUCCUGCAGAUGUUCAGUCAGCUGUUUCCGUCUUUCUCUUGUAAAAACUGACAUUUUAGCUGUUUGGCCAGUCUCUUUGAGUGACGACCUGCUACAAGCCUGAGUGCCGUAUUAACUGUGUGCUGUUGUUGGACCUUAGUCAUGUGUUGAUGGAGGGGACUCUACAGCACAGUGCUGUGUUACCAUGUAAUGCAUCACACUGCAGCCACAUGCACUUUCAAAUCAAAUACUCAACACUACCAUGCUGUUGGAAACACAACAGACCUUAGAUUGUGUUGAUGUGGAUUUCUGUUUUUUUUUUUUGGAAUUAUUUAAACUGGAGAGUGAAGUAAGAAGGUGUGUUCAGGCUAUUUGCUGCAUUCCUCAUUUCAUUCCUAGUCUGCCUAAAGGUGAACUGGACUGUUUCUGGAUUAAAGGAAAAAUAAUUCAGUAA